ACAACAUCAAUCACAAUACCGCUCUUCCACUUGUCACGCUCCAUCAUCGCAUUUCGUACUCACUGAAACGCUUUAAAAUUGCGACGUCCAGAUCAAGAUUACUGGCAAUUCACAUAACUGCCACCCUCAAGAGCAAUUUUACUUCCGCGUUAAGACAGGGACCGCUAAACCAGGAUCAUCAUGGCCACUUUGCCAAACUUGCGCCGGCUCUUCAUCGAGGCAAGAACGGAUGAUGAAGAGAGGGAAGUGUCAAGAAAGGCAUUCUAUAACGCAGUGCUAUUCAUGAGCUCUGUGGCGGUCUUCAGCCUAAUAGCCCAGAGAAUGAACGCUGCCAAAUGAUGAGGUUUUGGCCUUAGGCAAGCGCAAUCUUUGCCACCCAGCGACCGAGAGGCUGGGCAUCGCCGUAACCAGCGGCAAAGCGCCAGCCUACGACCAAUACCUCACGGCCGCUAGCUUGCGAGAAGUCCACCUCAGAUUCAUUCAAUGAUAACCGACACCAGCUAGCUGCCGGGAGAAAUAGGCCUCCUACACUCCAUCGCCUCCUGUAUACCACAGGUCGCUGUGAUUGCUUCUCACUCUGCCGCUCUCUUCAUAAGCGCCCGCUCACUACAAGUUGGAUGUCCGAGAACCGAACCGUGCAGUCUCACUUCAGUGGCCCGGGGAGGAUGAAAAGCAAGUUCUCCUGCAUUACUGCGGACGACUGAAUCAGAGCUAAAUCGGCGGUCUGAUUCCCAACUGGUGUUAUUUUCUACACUCGCAAGAGAGGAUGAGAAACCCAGAACGGGAUAAUUUGAUGACGACCGAGAAAGUACUGUACACGUCGUUGCUCCUAGCUUCCAAGCCUCAACAAACCGGUCAUUGAGUGAUCACCUCUGAAGGGAAGCAGUAAGCGUACCCAGCAUAAAGGAGUGAGUAUGCCAUAGGUCUUAUCAGGUUGAUAAUCCAACAGUAGGUAGCAUAUCCUGCUCAUGGCAUACUCACAUAUUCUAGUGCCCACUUGUCUGCUGUUAUCCAGUGCAGAUAGGGUGUUGUUAUACAUGCCUUAUAAUCUAUUACAAUCGCCAAAACGUAACUUAAAAA